UGAGGAAUCUCAUCGUAGAGGUUGCAGUGCCGAUUAACAGUGCUACCAAGAUAUACAAACUGAUCAACUACUCCAAGCCUCUUGCCAUAAACAUAGAUGUUUGGUUCUAUGUACUGCUUACCCUAUGCUGGUUGAUACAUCAUGACAGUGUUUUUAAGGCUAAUAGUCCAAGUGCAGUACAUGCAUCAGAAAAGGCAUCCAUGAUGUGCUGCAUAUUGGUUUCAGUAUGUGCAAGGAGAUCGCAGUCAUCUGCAUAGAGUAAAUCGCUAACCAAGGUUGUAAAAACUGUGGUUUUCGCAGCGAAGCAUCCAAUAUUGAAUACAUUGCCUGAAGUCCGAUAGCAGAUGUAAACACCGUGGUUGCACUCUUUAAACGCAAUGUUGAACACCAUAGCAAAGUAUACAGCAAAGAGUGUUGGAGUAGGAAUGUCUCCCUGUUUAACUCCAUUCUUAAUAGAUAUUGGCUCCGACAUUCUCCCACCAAUAUUCACCCACGCUUUCAUGUCAUAAUGAAAGGAUUGCAACAUAGCUAUAAACUUGUCAGGACAACCAAGUUUACACAAGAUCUUCCACAAAGCCAUCCUGUUCACCGUGUUGAAUGCCUUCAUCAAAUCAACAAAUACCUGAUAUAAAUCCAUCUGCUGCUCGACACAUUUUUCCUGCAGCUGUCUAGCUGAGAAAAUCGUAUCUGCAGUACCACGACCUGCACGAAAUCCAGACUGAGUCUCAGGAAGAACAUUUCCAGCUACGUGAGUAAGAAGGAGAUCUAAAAGCACCCCACAAAGAACUUUACCAACAGAAAGCAAGGAUGUCCCAUGGAAAUUCCCACAAUCAGCCUUGCUUCCUUUUUCCUUAUACAAAACUACCAUAACUGUGUCUCUCCAGUCAUCUGGGACUUUCUCUGCAGCACACAUUGUACGGAAUAGUGACUGGAGGCUGUGCACAACUUUCUCACCACCAGACUUCAGAAGCUCUGCAUUAAUGCCAUCCAUACCUGGUGAGCAACCAUUGUUGAGUUUCUGAAUGGCAGCCUCAACUUCGUCAAAAUUCGGGGGAUCUGCUAUGGUUGGUUUUUCAGAAAUUAGAUCAAGGUAAUCCUGAUUCACCACAGAGAGCAGAUUAAGGAGGAUCAUCAAAGUGCUCCCGCCACAGAUUCAAUAUACCAUUAGGGUCACACAGGAGAUUACCACCGUCCUUGCUCUUUACUGGUGUGACUGGUGAGGAGUUUGGCCCAUGAACUUCAUGCAAGAGAUUGUACAGCAACUUAGUGUUGUUCGCAUCUGCUUUCUCAUCCCACCAUGCAUCUCUCAUAUGAGAAAGCAUUUGCUUAGCUUGUGCUUUAGUUGUUUUGACUGCAGUCUGAAGUUUGGGUUUUUGCUGAGCAUCAACGGCGAGGUAGCAUGAGUCUUGCUGAGAAGAGGUUCACACUAUCACAUCAAAAUCACUAUCAUUUUGGUCGAACCAAUCUUGGUGUUUCCUUUCAACCAGGCCAAGAACCUGAUUGCCAACAUCAUGAACAACUUUCCUAAAUGUAGGCCAGUCAUCUCCAAGGUUCGCCUCGUUCAUUACCUUCGGAAACUCUUCUAAAACUACUGGAUCUUUCAACUUCAAGAUAUUAAGCUCUUUUGGCAAGGUGAUACCAGCCACUCUAGUCUCUCUCUUCAUAAUCAGCUUCAGUUUGGUGCGGACCAAACGGUGGUCCGUCCAACAUUCAGCACCCCGCAGUGCCCGUACAGAACAGACAUCCUGCACAUCACGCUUUCUCACAAGGACAUAAUCCAACAGAUGCCACUGUUUUGAACCAGGGUGCAUCCAUGUGGUCUUAUACUUAUUUUUCUGUUGGAACAUGGUGUUUUUCACAUAUAACUCAAGGUCUUCACACAUCUGCAAAAGAAGCAUUCCAUUGCUGUUGCCUUACCUAACCCAUGCCUCCCAAUUACAGUCCAGGUGUUGUAGUCCCUUCCUACACAAGCAUUAAAGUCACCGAGAACAAUGACCUUGUCUGCAUGUGGUAUACUCUGUACAACAUCCUUCAGGACUUGGUAAAAUGACAGCUUAUCUUUUUCCGAGGCGGUCAUAGUUGGUGCAUAGACACUCACAAGAGUAACAAUGACCUCUAACCAAAGGAACUCUCAAAGUCAUAAGUCGCUCACUAACUCCAAGAGGUAAUUCUUCCAAUUUCCCUACCAGAGCAGAACGAACAACAAACCCUACCCCACCUUCUCUCCUGUCUUCCUCCCCUUUACCUUUCCAGAAGAAGGUGUAACCUCCAGAUCGUUCAUCUAAUUGGCCAUUGUUUGCUAAUCUUGUCUCUGAAAGAUCAACUACCUCCAGGUUGUAGCGUUGCAGUUCUUUUGCAACGAGAGCUGUACAUCUUUCUGGACUUUCUGAGGACACAGUGUCAAGCAAUGUCCUAACAUUCCAGCAUGCAAUACUCAAAGGUUUUAUCACAGUAGCAGGAUGACAACCGGGCCCAGGCUGUGAUGCUCUAGAGCACCUGCUGGGCCAGACACUUUCACCUCAAGUUCCAGAGCCCUUAUUGCCAUGUCUCAAUAAUAUUGUUUGUCAUCAUAAGGUUGUUUUUGCCUUUUAUUAUGGCUACGGCCAACCCUUCGCAUUACAAUAAGACCUUAGAAUAACAAGCAAUACCUGUGCAUGAAACUUUAAGUGAGGAGAAACGUUGCAUGGCGUCAAUCCCACUCUCUGAACUACAAUAGCAAUGUUCCGAAAAGAAGGAAAAAAAAAUCAACAUCGGUUACUACGAAGCCGCAGGUUUUACUUCAGAGUUUUCUAUCUCCUAGAGAAGUAUCUUGAGGAAAAGAAGUUGCCCCUUAAGUGUCUGCUGGUUAUGGACAACGCUCCUGCCCAUCCUCCAAAUAUUGAAGAAGACCCUGAUAGUGAAUAUGACUUUAUCAAAAUCAAAUUUCUGCCUCCUAACACCACACCUCUCAUCCAGCCAAUGGACCAGCAAGUAAUUUCUAACUUCAAGAAGUUGUAUACCAAGGCUCUUUUCUCAAAGUGUUUCCAGGUCAUCAAUGAUACGGAUCUGACCCUGCGUGAUUUUUGGAAGGAUCACUUCAAUAUCCUCCACUGCGUAAAUCUCAUCGAUAAAGCCUGGAACAAUGUCUCUUACCGCAUGUUGCAGUCUGCCUGGAAGAAACUUUGGCCAGCUUCUGUGACAGAUAGAGAUUUUGAGGGCUUUGAGGAGGAGACAGCUGUAGUACUACACGACAUUGUAAGCAUUGGCAAAAGUUUGGAGUUGGAAGUCAAUGAGGAGGAUGUGGUGGAACUGCUGGAGGACCACAAGCAAGAACCCACCACAGAAGAACUUGUUGAUUUGCAACGUGAGCAGGUGAAAGUUAUGCAGGAGGAGCACUCAGGAGAGGAGGAGGAAGAGGUAGUAGAUGCUUCAAGUGCUGAGAUAAAAGCAAUUUGCAAUAAGUGGAGUGAAGUGCAGGCUUUUAUUGAAAAGCAUCACCCUGACAAAACUGUAGCCAGCAGAGCAGUGGACAUUUUAAAUGAUAAUGUAAUGGCCCAUUUUCGCAAAAUUACCCAGCAAAGAAAAAGGCAAGUUUCUCUGGAUCGUUUUCUUGUGCAAAACACCAGCCGCCGAACCACUUCCCAAGAGACAAAGAAGAGAAAAAAAAAACUCCAGAAGUACCCACAGAGUUGCCCGAUGUUGCCCGAUGUUAUUAUGGAACAGGACUCUCCCUCGAAGACCUCUCCUUCAAGGGAGUAGUCCUCCUCCUCCAUCCACGUGUGCCAGCAACCAUCAACCACAAAGCUCUGCCCUUUCUUGGAUUGCUGUCUCUCAUGAUGGGGACAUCAACACUGCAAUUUAAUAGUGUUCGUUUCCUGCAAGGAGUCUGAUAUUCCCGGUUGGCUGAUCCACACUGGACUGGAACACUAUGCUGUGUUGGUAACCAAGCUCCCCCAAGGAUUCAUCCUCCACAUCAGGGCUUAGGGAAGAACAGCACAGUCCAGUGCUGUUUGUUCAUUCUUGAGAACUUUCAAUGAUGAUAGUUAUUAGAAGUAAGCCAUCUUUUAAAAACUCCCAGAAGCCAGGAUAUACGAGUGGGUACAAUUUUUCUUUUGGGCUGCUUUUCCCUUAGUUUUGUUUGGUUUAGGGAGUCAUGAUUAUUUUUGUACUUUCCCACUCUGAAGCCUUUCUCCUGCACUGAAGAUAAGUGUCUGAACCACAAACUUUACGCUUUUGAUAUUCUGUCAAAAGUUUUAGGCUGUUUGGAUUUUGUAUUCAGUGAAACAGGCCUGUGUUUGUAUGGCACUCUUAUUUGUGGUCGAGAAUAUAACCUUAGUACUGGUCAACUGCUAGACAAAUGGACAAAAGCAAAAAUAUCUAUGGUUCUUCUUUCGUAGCUCUGGUAUUUACAGGCAUCCCCUCCCAAGUAAAAGAAAAGAAAGAGGAAAUAAGAGUAUUGGUUUCCUUUAUGUGAGCCUUUGGUGGGUCGCAACUACACCGCAAACUCUCUGCCAUACACCUGCUGGAACAAAACAUUUUAGCAUAUUCAGAGACAUCUGCACUGUUGGCAUAUAUGGUUCGCUGGUGGAGAGCAUGAUCCUGAUGAAGACUCAUUCAUCGAUAGCGGGUUCCAAACGUCUGAGACCAAUAGUGAAAAUGCUUCCAUUUUACAUUCUUUUCAAAUUUAUUGCAACAGUUUUCUUUACACAUUACAUUACUGACAGCAACUUGAGUGAAAAGUAGAAUCUUUGGAAUAUUUAAAUUAAUUUCAGAGUUUUAGUAUUAGUUAUGUCCAAGAUGAUUUCAGAAAACUUUUUUCUGAGCUCUAUAAGACUGGAAUUCAAUCUUUUAUCAGUGGCCCACUCCCAGCGAGAGGAAGUUUUGCUUUUUCUCAACUCUUCAGUCUUAACACCUGGCUUGGAAAAACUUGUUCUUCAUUUGGUAUGAAUUUCAUAGACAAUUUUAACCUUUUUUGGAAUCGCAAAGAAUUUUACAAGCCAAAUAGCACUGAACUCAGCUGGAUUGGAGCCAAAGUCUUAGCAGACCACUACAAACUUGCAAUCUUUUCUCAGCCAGCACCGAGGAAAACAGUUGAUAAGAUGUCGCAGACUGACAUAGUUACAAAGCCUAAACAAUCAUCUUUGCAAGUCGUCAUCAAGGACACACAAACAUCUGACUUGCAGGCCUCCCAACAUUCAAGGACAGACGACUCCACUUCUCCUCGGAUGGAUUUCCCAAAUAGCAUGAAAAAACUGCUCCCAAUGGCUACACUUUCCUUUUCCAGCCCAAAUCUGUCGCGACAAGCAGUGUAUCCAGUACAUCAAAAUUGUGUUCGUCCAGGACUUUCAGCUGGCUACAAAUCUUUUUCACCAUCCAAAAGAUACAUGUCAUCUCCAGUCCUUUCACCCUCAAACCAAAUGGAACAUUUAGAAAGCCUUGUUUGAUGUAGUCUGGGUCCCUGCAAAUGGAUGUAAUGUUGAAAAAAAGUUGGGACCCGAUGUUGACACUAUUCCUGUGUUGAUAAGAAACAGAAAACAUAGAGCACAUUUAACCCUGGGGGUGAACCAAUCUAAUCUCCUUCCUGUUUUAAAACAGCAUCAAAGUGCACAACCAAAUAUUGCUUCUAGAAUUUCUGUAAAGCUAGCUCUUCUGAACAUUAGAUCACUUUUAAACAAGUCAUUUUUAAUUAAUGAUCUUAUUUGUAAACACAAUCUUGAUUUUUUGCUUCUAACUGAAACUUGGCUGGAUCAAGCAAAUAGUGCUACCACCCUUAUCGAAGCAGCUCCCCCAAAUUUUAAUUUUUUGAAUGUUACCCGACAAGGGAAAGGUGGAGGGAUCGCAAAUAUAUUCAAAGUCUCUUUUCAAUGUAAACAAUCCUCACUUGGUGAUUUUACGUCCUUUGAACACUUAUGUGCACUUGUUACAUGCUCUCCUAACAUAUUAUUAUUAACUAUUUAUAGGCCUCUGAGACAUUCAGCCAAAGUCUUUCUUGAAGAGUUUGGUGAACUGUUAUCAGUCAUUUGCUUAGAGUUUGAUUGUCUUAUUAUAUCUGGGGAUUUUAACUUGCAUGUAGAUAAUACUGAUAAAAUUUAUGCCAAAGAACUAUUUGCAAUUAUUGAUAACUUUAACCUGGUACAACAUGUACAGGGACCGACCCACUCUCGUGGUCAUAUCACAAAGGGUCUUACUGUUUCUUAUACUGUUGUUGACCUGGCAUUAUCUGAUCAUUUCUGUGUUUUCUUUGAAGUUUCUAUGUCUCCUCACAUUCAGAAUAGCUCAACGACUAUAGGUAGGAGAGUCAUAAACGACAACACGUGUUCUUUUUGAGCAAGCUCUCUUACAGAACUCAACCAAAAUGUCAGACUCUGUAGAUGAUUUACUGGAAUUUUUUAAUUUAAAU